AUGAAAUAAUAAUGGGAUGAUAUUAAUGAAGAUGUUAAUCUGAUAACCAUAUUAAAAUCAAAGUUUAAACAGACCAAUCCUACUCAAAUUUGUUACAAGUCCUAUGAUCAUGAAGGAUUGUUACUUAAAGACAACAUAGUUUAUAGAGGAAUAAUUCGUAAUUACACUUUUGUCUUAUAACGAAAGGAUAAAAAUGAAUUCAUACUAGACUUUAAUCAAUACCCACUUAAACUAUCCAUUUUGUCCAAUGAUCUCUUUUAAUUAUAAGUGUUUAGUUAUCAGUUUUAGUUCUAAUCUCUCACCAAUAGUAAACAAUGGAUCCUAUCGCUUAAUUACUACAUCAAUACAUCAAAACCCUAUUGUUUUCAGCCUCCCUUGCCCAACUUUUACCUUUAACAUAAAAUUCCUUUUGAUAUUUUUGAGAAGAGAGCAGAGUCCUUAGAUUUACUAUUGUUUAAAAGCAAAUCUAUAGCUUGUUAGCUCUAAAGACUAAUAACAAAUAGUGAAUAUGAUCAUGUUGCUCUUGUUUUAAGAAACAACAAAAAUGUGCUCCAUAUUUUUGAAGCUAACAGUGAUAAUGGAGUUUGUAUAUACACAUGGGAUACUCUAAUGAAGAGCAAUUUUCAAGAAUACAUAACACAAAUUAGUUAUAGAUAAUUAUAUAUCAAAAGGGAUAUGACCUUGCUUUUAAAAUUAUAAGACUUUAUAUAUAAAAAUCACGGCAAAAAGUAUUCUGCCAACAUCAUGAAGUUGUGCAAGAAAAGAUCCAUUACUGGAGUUGAAAAGGAAAAUUACUUUUGCUCCGAAUUAGUAGCUGCUUGUUAUAAAAAUUUAGGAAUUAUGGAAAAUGAUAUUUCAUCGUGUUAAUUUUGGCCAAAGGAUUUUGCAGGGAACGUGAAAUUAGUAAAUAAUGCUGAAUUAAGUCAUGAGAUAAUAAUAUAUUAAUGA